AAAAUGCUGAAGUCUGUGAAAUUAUUUAAUGUAUUUAUUUUUCUAAUUAUUCUAUGCGAGUCGAAAGCGAUAAUGUCUGACUGUAUUCACACGGUGGAUAUAGGUGUUUUAAAACGUGUGGAUGACUAUUUUAUGCACGGAAAACUCCAAGUUCCUGUCAAUGGAACGGAACAAUAUAGUUGCACAAAUCCGAGAGGUGCAAACGGUACAACAUCAUAUUUCUGUAAAGAGAGCAACUGCGUCCAAUAUUGUUGUUCCAAUAGGACAUUUGCGCCCACUGAUACGUCUUAUUCAUUUUUCGUAAUCGCAUUGAAUGGCAUCAAAAUUGUAACUGUCGAGGAUAAUAUCAAAGUUAGAGAUUAUUCCUGUGGAGAGCCUAAGAGUAAUUGGCAUACAUUGGCACAGAAUAAUACUCUAGAUAUAAAAUUACACCAAUGGAGCCAAACGGGACACUAUUUAACUAAAAAUAUAUAUAACUUUAAUCUGAUCUUAUGCCCGAAAUUGUUGCCAGGUGUGCGCGAACUUGGUGUGAUUUCAUGUGUAUGCUAUGUACUGACUAUUGCGGUUUAUCUGUACUUAAGAUUUCGGAAUUUACACACCAAGUGCUUUAUCUCUUGCAUGAUCUGCAUGCUUAUGAAAUGCCUCUUCUGGUUGUCGAACAUAAGCUGCUCUGUAGCAGGUUACAUUAGUUACUUCUUCUGGACGGCCUCGUUUCUUUGGUUCUUGGCCAUGAAUCAUGCUUUUAACAAAGUUUUCUGUGAAUUUAAUCAAAAGGCUCCCCGAUUUCGGUUCUAUUGUUUAUGUGUCUGGUUAGCUGCUGCCAUCUGCACCGUAGUUAUUUGUUUAGUUACUUAUUUCUUGGAGAACGACGCAACAUACAUGUUUCCGUAUUCCAUUGAAUUGAACGCUGUGAACUAUCCAUACACAGUUGUAUUCUACUAUGGAGUGAUGCUGAUUUUAAGCCCUUCCAACAUAUUCAUCAGUGUUCUGAUCGUAAAGACGUUUUUGAGAAAUGAAAGGAUCAAUUAUGAAGGCAGUCCAACGGUGAAGUUAGAGAGGGGCAUGUUUUGGCCGAGAAUAAUUACGAGCUUGGGAGUUACUUGGAAUCUGGAUUUGAUUCUCUGUAUAAUGCAGACCUAUAAUUUUUUUCCACAGCUUUUGUGGUUAGCCGACUAUAUUCAUGCGUCGUUUGGUAUAUUAAUUUUUUUGUUAUUCAUUGUUAAACGUAACACCAUUCAAUUGCUCAAGGAGUGAAACCCGAUUGAGCAAAUUCCGCCAACUCCGGAGGCCAAAGUAAUUGAAACAUCUUUCUAAGCAAAUGAAAAUUAUUUUGUAUUCAUUUAUAUUUUAAAUUAUAUUGGUGAAUCAAAUGCCUCA